AGAACUUAAGCCGUGUGGUUUAUCCAUUGUUCAAACAUUUCAUGUCUCUGUUCAGUCUCGAUUCUAUAAGCACAAUUGCAUAAAUACGUAGAUCAUGUUUCAGGCUUAUUAUUGUUUGGAUCAAGUAACAACAUGCCUAGGAUUUCUAACCACACACAACGUCAGAGUAACAUGCAUAGUGAUUGUUAUAUUUUGGAUCCUGUACAAUUUUCUAUGGAGCUGUUUAUAUGUUCAAAUCUACAGUGAAGUUGUCACGAGUCUUUUUUUACUGGAAGUGUUCAGCUUGGGAUGUUUGGUCGCGUGCCUGACAAUUAUACUAUCCGCCAAGAUUCCUUUCAAACAUUUGCUAUUCAUUCACGUAGUUGUUACUGGAGUAUUGACAGCGUGCGUUAAACUUUUUGAUAAGAAUACAAGUAGACGGUUGUUACUUUCAAUUGCACUUGGAUCCGGAAUCACAGUUCAUGCUUUAAUUUUGAAUGUCACUCCGCGCUUAUUCGCCAUCAAUAUAAGAGCUACUAUCUUCGGUUGUUGUCAUGCGGCUGGUCAACUGGGAUCUAUAAUAAGUUAUACUAUUCUUCUUUUAACACCAACAAAUAACGUAACACAGAUAUGCACUGAGGUGUUGGUAACGAUUGUGCUCAUAGGACUGUGCUUUAUGGUUCUCGACGUGGAUAGACGAGAGCUACCAGAUGUCUUGGAAGACAUGGAUUACUUUUCAGAGUUAUCGAAGCCACUUCGUUGGGCCACACAAAAGACGAAUUCGCCUUCUCAAGAAGAAACAGAAAUUAGAGUCCAUUCUUUUGGAAGUGCAGCUCAAGUCACAUCGAUGAUCUUUGAGGAUCGCCAACCGGCAAAACCUAUUGGAUGUGCACGAAUUUGGAAAUUGUUUUCCGGGAUUAUACACCAUUUAAGGCGAUUACAUUAAAACCUCCAAAAACA